AUGGGGCCGCUGGUGCACUCCGUCGAGUUGGAACCAGUGGGAUCGGAGACCGUCGGAGAAGUUGCCACUCAAGCGCCAGAGACGGUGGACACCACGGAGACGGAGCUGGACAGUGACUUCUCCUGUUCGAUAUGCAUGGAGGUCAUGAGGGACGCGUUUCUGACGGCAUGCGGGCACAGCUUCUGUUACAUGUGCAUUGUGACUCACCUUCGGAGCAAGAGUGAUUGCCCUAGCUGUGGUCACUAUCUAACCGCCAGCAACCUCUUUCCCAAUUUUCUUCUCAAUAAGAAAUGGCACCUACAUACUCUUGAGGUUUGUUCUGCCAUGCUUGAAUGCCUUCAUUUAUUAGCAUGUGACGAGUGUUUGGUUGUUAAACAGGGUUGUGAGGUAUCAGUUAAGGAGCUGAACAGUUUCUUGGCACUGCUUGUGGAGAAGAGGAGGAAAAUGGUACAAGAAGAAGCUGAGACAAAUACGAAGAUUCUCCUUGACUUUUUGAAUUGCCUUAGGAAACAGAAGCUUGAAGAACUGAAUGAGAUACAAACUGAUCUCCAGUACGUUAAGGAGGAUAUAAAUGCUGUACAGAGACACAGAAUGGAGUUGCAUCGGUCAAAAGUGAGAUAUCCAGUAAAAUUAGGGAUGCUUGUAGUUAACUGUUCCAUGAGAAAAGCUUGCCCUUCAUUGGCUGAUGGACAUGGAGGUGGUACCAUUUCUAAUGUCCCUCGCAUGCAGGGUCAAGGUUGGCCAAGUUCAGGUAAUUUGCAGAGCAGAAAAGGUGAUGUGAAGGCUCUAGGAUUCUCAGAAGAAGUGGUCCAAAGAAAGGAUGAGUAUUCUGGAUCUAAUUCACAAGUUACUCAAUCAGGAUUUCCAGUAGCAAGAAAGAGGGUGUAUGCACAGGAUUGUGAAGUUGAUACUUUUGGUGGAUUAAAGGAUCGUGAAAUACCGAAGAAUCAGUGUACUGAUGUUAGCCUUCAUGCUGAGUUAUGCCAUUCUUACAACCAACUGAAAGUUGUUGCUGAUGUCAAGAACGUGGAUAUUUUUCACUCGGCCAAUAUUGUGUCAAGCAUAGAAUUUGAUCGAGAUGAUGAAUUUUUUGCUACUGCGGGAGUUUCAAGACGCAUCAAAGUUUAUGAAUUUUCAUCGGUGGUGAAUGACCAAGAUAUGCAAUGCCCUAUUGCUGAAAUGUCAUCACGAUCAAAACUUAGCUGCUUGAGUUGGAAUAAGUACAAAAAAAUCCAUAUAGCAAGUAGUGAUUAUGAUGGGAUGGUAACUGUCUGGGAUGUGACUACUCGUCAGAGUGUGAUGGAAUACGAGGAGCAUGAAAAACGAGCCUGGAGUGUAGAUUUUUCAUACACAGAGCCUUCAAUGCUUGUAUCAGGGAGUGACGACUGCAAGGUCAAAAUUUGGUGCACAAGACAGGAGGCAAGUGCUCUCACUAUUGACAUGAAAGCAAAUAUUUGUUCUGUCAAGUAUAAUCCUGGAUCUUGCAUGCAUGUUGCGGUAGCUUCUGCUGAUCACCACGUUUAUUAUUAUGACCUAAGAAAUGUCAGCCAACCGCUGCAUGUUUUCAGUGGACAUAGGAAAGCAGUAUCAUAUGUAAAAUUUCUGUCCGCAGUGAACUUGCUUCUGCAUCUACUGACAGCACAUUGUGCUUGUGGGAUGUCAAAGAAAAUCGACCUUGGGACUGGCCAGGAACGAAACACUUCUAUGAUACAUAAUAAGAUACGCAUGUUCAAAGGCCAUGUGAAUGAGAAGAAUUUCGUCGGCCUCUCAGUAAGUGGCAAUUAUAUUGCCUGUGGCAGUGAAACAAAUGAAGUGUUCGUGUAUCACAAGGCUAUCUCUAAACCUGCAGUUUGUUACAAGUUUGCUUCCUCAGACAUGGAUGAUGCUGCAAACGAUGCUGGAUCUUAUUUCAUUAGUGCUGUAUGUUGGCAAAAUAAUGGCAAAACAAUGCUAACUGCUAAUAGUCAAGGAACUAUAAAAGUGCUUGCACUUGCAACUUGA